UUACAUGCAUUUAUUCUGAAGUUGGGGUGGUACCGGAUGACAUGAUCCAAAACGCAAACUUUCGCUUACCGUACCAGCUGCAUCCAUGAAUAUCCGUCGAGGCACGGCCCUAUUGAAAUAAAGACUGUGCGCGUCGCUUACUUGUACAUUCUGUCCAAAAAACUCUCUGCGUGCCUUCCACCUCGUGUUCUGUCUCCUAUAUUAUCGUGAUCAUUUUGUUAUACUCGGUUGCAACUCGGGCCCGGCAUGAUGGCAGGGAAAUCGACGUUGAUGUUCUGUUGCACCCUGGUUUUGAUGGCAGUCCUCGUAGCUGAGGGUUGUCGUCAGGGAGAGGGGAUCAGCAAGCCGACACGGAAAGAAACAUGGCCAGAACUCGUUGGCCAGACAGGAGAGGAGGCCAAGGCGGUCAUUGAGAGAGAGGACCCAACUCUGGAGGUGGAGAUUGUCCCGUACGGCUACGCCGUCACUGCUGAUUACCGUACCGAUCGGGUUCGAAUCUAUCUGGAUGCUGAAGGAAGAGUCGCCACACCUCCCACGAUUGGCUGAUUUUGAGUGGAAGAAAAAGUACAACCUAUCACCCAUCGCUACUUCAUAGCCGUUUUCAUUUUUACUUUUUCAAAGUUUCGUUCCAUUCUUAUGUAUUAGUUUAACCCUCCUACUGUUUGAAGAGUCACAGACAGUCAAAAAUUCCAUCCACUUCCCCUGCCUUGCCUUUUACACAGGCUAGUCGGUCACCAAUUACAGUCAGAUCAUAUUUAAAGCAAACACUGUGACUAGUCAAAUUCAGUCAACAGAAGCAGGCAACUUGGUAGGCACAGCUGUCUUAUCAAUGACCUAUAAGUCAAAGCAUAUAGCCGUAUCAAGUUACAUAAACAGUCACAGCCAGUCAAUCCUGCUUUACGUAAGCAGUGAGCACUUAACUGAUAAAAACAGUCACUUGACUGAUUUUGACUAAAAGGACAACUUUACACAGAAUGUGUUUGCAUAGGAGGCAUGGGGGUUAGUGUAAUUAGAAAAUUAGAAAAGAUUUUUUUCAGAACAAAUGUGUUACUUUCUGUGUUUAAAUAUUCAUAUUCACAUACCCAUUGUCUUGAGUGAGUAAAAGCUACGUCGAUUGUAAGAUGAUUUGCUUUAAUAGUAAAUUGCUAUAAUGCCUAUCACAACAGUGAUGUGUUCUCCAAUGGUAUUGUAACGUCUCUCUGGGUUGAGAGACAUUAUCAAAUAAAGAGUCAGAUACAAGUAUCUUACACACA